AUGGCACGAGGGACUCCACCAAGAGGUGGUCAAAAUGGACGGGGCCUACAGAGAAGUGCCUCACAGGGAAGUUCGGCCUCAGUUUCUCGUGGACCUUGUGGAUUUUGUGGAAAACCAAACCACACCGAGGACAAUUGUUGGAGGAAGGAAAGAAAAUGCUUACGCUGUGGGAGUGCGGAGCAUCAAAUAGCCAACUGCCCGGUAUUACCUCGGGAGGCAAGAGUAACCACCCAAUCAUCGAAGGCCAACUCGGGACAGUCCAAGGUGGAAGGGACAAAGCCGAAGGUGCCAGCUCGGGUAUACUCCCUUGAGCAACAUCAAGUCCAUGAUUCAUCUGGGGUCGUAGAAGGUACGAUCCCUGUCUUCCAUCGUCUAGCAAGGAUUUUGAUAGACCCUGGUGCUACCCAUUCCUUUGUUAACCCCGAUUUUAUGUGCGGAAUUGAUAUAAAACCUGUUAGCUUGCCUUAUGACUUAGAAGUUAGUACUCCUACGGGGGAUCAACAUGUGAUUACUGGUAUAAUGUAUGCUAAUUGUGAAAUUUGGGUAGGAGAGAGGAAUCUUUUCGGGAAUCUUAUAAGUUUAGCUAUUAAGGGAUACGACGUUAUAUUGGGUAUGGACUGA